AUGAAAAUCGACAUUACCGCCGUAUUCCUUCUCAAGGCUGCGGUAGUCAUGGCCGCAGUCCCGGGGACACGCGCCGAGUUGCCAACCGAAGACGUCGACACCAAUGGCACCAUGUCGCUCAUGGAGCGACAGGAAAAGGGACACGGAAGAGGCAAGGCGACCUGCGGCAUAUAUGCCAUGGCAGACUACCACAAAUUCAUUGACCUCGUCUAUGAUAUGGACAACGACCUCAGGGACGAGGACUACACAAUCGACGGCGGGCAAUGCAAUCGUGUUCACUGUUAUGAUACGAGCGCCCUCUGGGUGUGCAACGAUAACAAGGACCCGAUCAAGCUCAAAGGUAAAGAAAUCGCAAUUGCGCUUUCGUUCGUUCGCAACUACUGCUGCCUCGAUGGCCCCAGGAGUGAUUCGAGUGACAAUGUCAUUUCUGGCCAACAAUUCACCCCAUGGGGAUGGAAUGCCAACGCUGGGUACGGCAACUGUAACGAUCCCACCAAUAUCCGCCCUCACAUGUGA